AAUUAAGAAAGAAGCAAACACUUUCAAGUCAACACAGCCGAGCAAACGAGAGAAAAAUGGUGUCUCUGUGUCGACAGAUCCUAGGCCUGUCCCUGGCCAUUAGUGGUUUCAUUGGAGCCAUUCUGUGUUUUGCCCUUCCCAUGUGGAAGGUGACUGUGUUCAUUGGAGCCAAUAUCGUGACGACGCAGAUCAUCUGGGAGGGCUUGUGGAUGAACUGUGUGGUCCAGAGCACAGGACAGAUGCAGUGCAAAAUCUACGACUCGCUCCUGGCUUUACCUCAGGACCUGCAGGCUGCUCGCACCCUUAUGGUCAUCGCCAUCAUUAUCUGCUGCUUUGCGAUCGUCCUGGGGAUUGCCAGUGGAAAAUGCACCAACUUUGUCAAGAGAGAAGACAACAAGGCAAAGGUGGCUAUCGCCAGUGGUGUGCUCUUCAUCGUCUCUGGAGUGUUGGUCCUGGUUCCUGUCUGCUGGUCAGCUAACACCAUCGUCAGGGAUUUCUACAAUCCCCUUCUCACAGAUGCCCAAAGGAGGGACAGCUUUAACAUGGGGAGGAUUGCUAAAGAGGUUUCCGGCCAAGUGCUGUGCUUCAUUGGAUUCGUUGGCAUAUGUGUUUGCUGUGGCAUUCCCAUGUGGCGUGUCACUUCAUACAUUGGUGCCAACAUCGUCACCGGCCAGGUCGUCUGGGAUGGCUUGUGGAUGAACUGUGUGAUGCAGAGCACAGGACAGAUGCAGUGUAAAAUCCAAGACUCGAUCAUGCGACUGACCCAGGACUUGCAAGCGGCACGUGCGCUGACCAUCAUCGCAAUAGUGAUCGGCUUCGUUGGAAUGCUAUUGACUUUUGUGGGAGGCCAGUGCAGCAGUUGUCUGAAGAACGAAUCGUCCAUGGCCAAAGUGUUGAUCUGUGGUGGCAUCCUGUGCAUGAUAGCUGGAGUCGUCUGUCUCAUUCCGGUCUGCUGGUCCUCAGCCUACACCAUCUCAGAUUUCCAGAGCAUUCUCACAAUCGAGACCCAAAAGAGGGAGCUUGGGGCAUCCAUUUUCAUUGGCUGGGGUGCCUCAGGGUGUCUUCUGCUGGGAGGGAUCAUUCUGUGUACUUCUUGUCCAAAGAGAGAAGAUAUGUAUCCAAAUUACCCAGGCAUGUACCCUUACCAAGGACCUGUGUAUGGGCCUCCUGGAUCUUAUAUGCCUGCCAAAACAUACGCACCGAGUCCUGUGUAUUCCGGGGCUUAUAUUCCUAACAAAUCGUAUCCAGCCCCAACUUACUCACCUGUUCCGGGACAAUAUAUUUAACUAAUUGACAAUAUUUGUGACUGACACCUUCUGAAACAGUGCUCCUCAGCAUUUUUGAAUUAAAUCUCUGCUUGCUUUAGAGUUUGGAUAAAUGAUGUGUAUACAUCCAACAGUUUCCACUCAGAAAUCGCUAGUAAAUCACCAUCAACUAACUCUGAGUUAAAAGUAAAAUUCUGAAGUAGAAAAACUGAAAUAGUGUUUUCUUGUAAAAUGUACUAUGUUUUAUGUCAAAUCAUUUGUACAGUGUAUUCAUAGACUUGCUGGAGUGUCUUAUUCUUUUGCUUACCUUUGAAUGAAGAUGAUUUGGAAAAACUGGUUUGUCCUCUUUCUCUCAUUCCAGUUGUUCUGUUGUUAGAGAUGUUGUAAUGCUAAUGAAGUAUGUAUAUAUGUAUGUUUCAGCAGAGCAGGUAAAAUUUGCAAGUACUGUUGUGUCGCUCACUUUUUGCACUUUUCUGAUGUUUUGUAAUUUUGAUUGCUUCUCCACAAGAGAACGUUUUGACAAAUAUAGCUUUGUAUUUUUAGAAAUGGUCUUGUCAAUAAAUAUAUUUCUGGAUUAUUAUAAAAGAUGUCUUAUUUU